AUGAGCAUGGACCCAACAAUGCGCAACGCCAUGGCCGGAGAGGAGGGUGCGGACCGCACCCAGGGUUCGGCCUAUUGGGCCUUUAUGAAUUGGACGCCCGGAAGUGUGCCGGUCUGGCGGAUUUGUGGCGUGGUCCUCGAAUCCAAGGCUGCGGAAUGGGUCGGGGAACAGCGGCGAAGUGCUCUCCAGAUCCGUCCAGCGGCUGAAGGCUUUGCGAAGGGUGAGCUUUGUAUGGCAAUGGCGCCCUGGCGUGAGCUGAACGCGGUGAAUGCUGAGCAGCUCAAGAAGGUCCCCGAAGGGAUCAGUCCUGCAGCUGCCUUCAGUUGCUUGGAGCUGGUGGCACAGACCGGCUAUUGCGGCGCCAAGUUCGUGGCCCGGCCAAAGCCCGGUGAUGUCGCCUAUGUGAGCGGCGCGGCGGGCGCCACAGGCCUCAUCGCCUGUCAGACCUUCAAGCAAUUGGGUGCCCUGGAGGUACGGGGGUGGCCAUUUGUGAAGGUCCAAAUUCAUCCAAAUUCUUGA